UAUGCUAAGGAAAUAGCAUUGCCACAGGAAAUAGCCGUGUAGAGCAAACAUAAGACUUGUCCUACUCCUCUUGCCUUUAAGCCUUUUACUUGUACUAACGCAAGAUCGUCUUUUUUCAAGUAAUAACGUACACUAUUAGGUGCAAAAUGAAAGAUGUAACCUAAAUGAGUGCGGAUAACGUGUACGAUGCGUUCUUGCUAACAUUAACUUGCCCCAUUCGGAUUGCCCGGAUAUGAUAUGAUAUGUUACUUUUCGUGGCACGAAGGUCAAAAUCAUCUAUGGACUGGACGUAACGAAGAUUGGACGCUUUUUCUACAAUACUUCCAAGUUUGAAGGGUGAAACUAGCCAUAACGUUGGCCUUGCUGUUACUUUUCACCACAGACACAUGUUGCCUCUUCGAUAAUCCUGUGAGACAUGGAUUUCCUCACUUUAUUUGCCAUCUACGUGGCGGUGGUCCUGACGUGCAUCAUCUUAAUUUGCAAAUAUUCAGGACGUGAGCAUAGUCCACUUAAUAGCCUCCUCAACAUUUUAUCAAAGGUAUUUGCACCAAUCACCCCAAAAUGGCUUCAGCAGUUUUGUCAGAGGGCCUUGCACAGACUGUUUCAUAAAAGGAACAACGUGCUAAUUUAUCUGCAAUUCCUGUUGGUUGGAGCUGUGUAUGCAGAGUUCACCUAUGAAGUUUUGGGUUUCUGCAAAGAGAUGGGUAGUUCUCUGACCAGCCUGUCCGUGCCUUACGUCCUACUCGCCUUCGAGACUCUGUUCUUCUACCUUUGCGUCAAGAGAGAUCCAGGCACUGUGACAGAGAAGACAACCUCAAGCCAGUUGUACAUGUAUCCGUACGACAACAGGCUGUUUCACCCUUACACCCAUUGCCCAACAUGUAAUCUUAUCAAACCUGCCCGCUCAAAGCACUGCAGAGUGUGCGAGAGGUGCGUUCAGCGUUUCGACCACCACUGCGUCUGGAUGAACACCUGCAUUGGCGCCUACAACACACGUUAUUUCCUGCUUUACUUGUUCUGCUUAUGUGCCAUGGCGGCCGACAUCGCCUUCCUGACUGGCACCAUGCUGCUUGAAGUUGUGCUGCAAUCAGGGCUCUUCUGGGCCAAAUACAUCGAUGAACACGGCCAGCAACAGCCAGCUGGUCCUCAGUUUGUCAUCCAACAUCUGUUCCUGACCUUCCCUCGAAUCGUCUUCAUGCUGGGAUUUGUAGUCUUUAUCUUCCUUCUGCUUGGCGGUUACACUCUAUUCAAUUUCUUCUUAGCACUCGUCAAUCAGACUUCCUAUGAGUGGUACAGAAGUCGAUCCCACUCUUGUGAACAUUGUUAUCCAACUUUAAAAGCUGAUGAAUUGAACGGCGCGACAGCUCACUCGAAACGAUUUUACUACAGUCGAGGCUUACUUAGGAAUUUGGGAGAGAUUUUUUUCCCUCAAAGACCUGUUGGGAAAAAAGACAGAUGAUCGUCACUAUGUUUGUCGUCCCAUCAACAACUGACGGGCUAGAAAAGUCCUCUAAAGAAGAACAAAAACUUUUUUCCCAAUUUAUUGUUACAUCACUCACAUAGUAAAGAAGAUCUGGACGUAGACCCGUGAAGUCCAUAUUUGGGCGGUGUGCGGUAUCUACAUUGGGAGAACUUGGGAGUAUUUGAUACACUGCCAAUGGGUUUUCCCAUUGGCAGUGUAUCAAAUACUUGCUCUCCCCACUGUACGUGGGUAUAGCAGAGUGGGAAACUACGCUCUGACUGUAAGAAUUCCGAGAUUUUUCCAGAAAUGCAAGUGGCCCACGCGCCUUAUUAAUUUUAUUAUUGAUUGUAGUACCAAAAAAAUGACCUCCAGUACAGUUGGCACGAAGAAUUCAUGUCACCGUACAGUCCAAAUUCAAAGUUUGAACUUGGCUUGAAAUAGGUUUAUUUUGAUAGCAAAAUCAGGCAUUUUAGAAUGGAGGAACCUGCUCUCUUAUGAAACCAGAUGAACUAAACCCACUGACCAAAGUCCAUGUUACUGCAGGCUUUUACAUGUACUGGAUUUAAUUUGGUAAAAUCUCAGUCACUCAUUGAACCAAUUUUUGCUGUUAUGAACUUUUUGUUGUUGUACGUGAAGGGAUUUCUUGGUAAAAUAUUUUUCUAAUAUAUUACUGUAUUUGGACAAGUGUGCCUUUUUCUUUUUAACUACCGGUAAUAAAUGGUUGCAUUUGUAA